AUGUUAACAAUUGUUUGGAAUGAAAAACGUUUUGUUGAAUCAAAAUCAAAACGAUAUGCAGCUCGACGAUGUCUAUAUCGAGCAGCAAAUAUUCAAUUAAAUAUUGAAUUAAAAAAUCUUACAAAUCAAAAUAAUGAAAUUCUUCAUGAAAUAAAUCGAUGUGAUAAUGAUUUAAAAAAAUAUAAUGAAAAACUUCAACUACUUGAUAAUAUGACACAAUUAGCAACACAAUCACUUGAAGUUUAUUUUCAAACACGUAUGGAAAAUUUACGUACAUUUGUUAAUGAACAAUGUCGAAUUAUUUCUGAUGGUAUACAAGAAGAAGCUGAUCAUUGGAAAGAAAUUCAUGCUAUGUUACAACAAAAAUUAGUCGUACCAGGUGAUUUACGUUCAUAUGGUGGUGGAAAUGGUUUACCUCGAAAUAUUAAACAAAGUCCAGAUUUUAGUCGAAUUAUUGAAGAAGAUGAAGAAGUUGAUGAUGAAGAAGAAGAAAAACAGAAUGAUGUAUCUAUUUUAUUGCAAGCACGAACUUUAACACCAUUGAUUACUCAAACGUUAAAGAAAGCUCGUUUACGUGCUUCAAAAUUAUUACAAGAUAUUUCAAUGACUGUUCCUUUUCAAUUAAAUAUGUCAACUACUGUUCAUGAAGAAACAUUAAAUGACGAACCACAAUCACUAACAAAAGCAAGAGUAAAUCAUAUGACAUUACGUGAUGUAUCAGCUAUUGAAAAAGAAACAGAAAUGGAAACAGAUAUAACAAAUUCUGAUUUAUCUGUUUCACUUUUACCAUUUAUUCCAACAAUAAUUAAUAAUGAUGAAGAAAAAAAAGAACAUAAUAAAUCAAUAUGUUCAACAAUAUCAGAUAAAACAUUUGUUAAAAAAUCUUUAAAACCAUUAACAUCUGAAGAAGAAACAGAUGAUGAUAAUGAUGAUGAUACUAAUGAACAUACAGUUGUUGAAGAAAGUCUUAUUGUUGAAAGUAAAGAAAAUAUUCGUCCAUUAUUAUUAACUGCUGAUCAAUCAAUUCGUAUUCGUGAUCGACAAUCACAACAAGAAAAACUUUCUUUAUCUAAUAAAUCUCUUGAAGAAAAACCAAAAAUUAAACAAGAAAAAGUUAGUUUUCGUGAACUAAUUAAAAUUCAUAAUAAUACUGAACGAAAUCGUUUAGGAAAAACAUAUUUAUUAAAUAAUAAUACAUUUGAUGCUGAAAAAUCAGAUUAUAUUCGACCAACAAUUGUUAUCAAUGAAGAUACUUCGAAAUUAUCACCUAUAGCAUCGGCUGAAUCAGAAGAAGAAGAACAGCAACAACAAACAAAUACAUCAAGAAGAACAGAGAAAAGAUCAAUUGAUCAAGUAUUAUUAUCAACAUCAACAUCUUCUAAUAGAAAUAAAACAUUAAAAAGUCCAAUUGUUACACAAUUACCACCACCUGUACCAACAGGAAGUCUUGAAAAUAGUAAUAAACGACGAACAACUCGUCGAACAACAAUUCGAUUACCUCAAGAUAAUCUAAAUGUACCACCACCACAAUCAAUUGAAAUACCAGUUAAAACUCGUUAUCCAACUCGAUAUUCAACUCGAAUAGCAGGAACAAUGAUAACUGAAGAAACAAUAAUAUUAACAACAACAAAUCGACGAACAACACGUCUUACUUCAGAAUAG